AAGGACAUCAUGGGAGCAUUUUUAGAUAAGCCAAAGAUGGAGAAGCACAAUGCCCAAGGGCAGGGCAACGGACUACGUUACGGACUAAGUAGCAUGCAAGGUUGGCGAGUGGAGAUGGAGGAUGCGCACACAGCUGUGAUCGGCUUACCGAAUGGACUCGAUCGGUGGUCUUUCUUUGCUGUCUACGAUGGGCACGCCGGAUCCCAAGUUGCCAAAUAUUGCUGUGAGCAUUUGUUGUAUCACAUCACACACAAUGAUGAUUUUCUGAUGGGUGGUGGCCCGCCGUCCGUGCAAAACGUCAAGGCUGGGAUCCGGGCAGGCUUCCUGCAAAUCGAUGAUCAAAUGAGGCUCAUCUGCGAGAAGAAACACGGCGUGGACAGAAGCGGGUCAACGGCUGUAGGCGUCCUGAUCUCUCCCCAGCACAUCUACUUUAUCAACUGCGGAGACUCUAGAGGUUUGCUUUGUAGGAACAGGAAGGUUUAUUUCUUUACGGAAGAUCACAAGCCCAGCAAUCCGCUGGAGAAGGAGCGCAUACAGAAUGCAGGCGGCUCGGUAAUGAUCCAGCGUGUGAACGGCUCUCUUGCUGUGUCGAGAGCGCUCGGGGACUUUGAUUACAAAUGCGUCCACGGGAAGGGCCCGACAGAGCAGCUCGUCUCCCCGGAGCCUGAAGUCUAUGAAAUCGAGAGAUCGGAAGAUGAAGAUCAGUUCAUCAUUCUGGCUUGUGACGGUAUCUGGGAUGUUAUGGGAAAUGAAGAGCUGUGCGAGUUUGUAAGGUCGAGGCUGGAAGUCACUGACGACCUCGAGAGAGUUUGCAAUGAGAUAGUCGACACCUGCUUGUACAAGGGUAGCCGAGACAACAUGAGUGUGAUACUGAUCUGUUUCCCAAAUGCACCAAAGGUAUUACCGGAGGCAGUGAAGAGGGAGACAGAGCUGGACAAGUUCCUGGAAAGCAGAGUAGAAGAAAUCAUCAAGAAGCAGGGGGAAGGAGCACCAGACUUAGUCCACGUCAUGCGCACAUUACAAACGGAGAACAUCCCAAAUCUUCCACCCGGAGGUGAAUUGGCGAGCAAACGGGGUUUGAUUGAAGCAGUUUAUAACAGACUGGUUCCUUAUAGAAAUGAUGAGACUGACUCGGCGUCAACGGAUGAAAUGUGGUAAGACUGCCGUCUAAGCUGUGUGGAGUUUACAUCCACCCUCCCCGUAUGGAAAAAAGAAAACCGCACCCAGCUCAACAGUGACCCUUCGUAACGUCCAUCCUCCGGAUUACUUGAAAGAGGGCGGGGGGGAGGAGAUGUGUUGGGGAAGGCGGCGACUCUCCAGGAAACAGCAGCCCCGCCACCGACGUAGCCCAGAACUGACGAUCUUAUUUUGCAAAAAAAAAAAAACCCCAACCACCACCCAACCCAGAUCUUCUGUAAAAGUGAUCUCAAAAAAACCCAUAAUGUUGUAAAUUGGACUCUGAAAACCAUUUUAUGUUGUAUGAUUUCUGUUUUGCUUUUCUUUUCUUUUUUCUUUUUUUUUCUUUCCUUUUUUUUUUUUGUAAAGUGCAAUUGUGGUUGUACAAAAUGCUUAUUUAAUAAUGAACGGCUUUAUGUCGCUCGAGGUUAGAUGAAACGUUGGUUGUGCGACGCAACAAAUACCCGGCCCCUCCCUCCCCUCUCCCCCUUCCGUUCCUAUUUGUGCUUCUGGAUUGCAGGGAACAGCAGCCUAGCCAGCGUUCAAAUGCUCAGGAGGCGCACAGAAAGAUUUUUCAAAAGGGGGAUAUUUUAUAUAAAAACGGAACACCUAAGCUAAAAUCACUGUUAACUCGAGUGUGGAAGAUAACUGGAAUGCAGUUCAUUCUCCGUCAGACUUUUAAAAUGGUCUCCCUCUUGAAUUUGUCUGGGGGAGCCUGAAGCGCCCACUGAAACGUGUAGUGGGGGAGCGCGGGGUCUGGAGCAGAAAUAGGGACGGGUUUGCCAGCGUUGCUGUGAUAGCUGCAAAUCGGGGUGGGGUGAGGACAGUGGAGUGGGGAAGACUGAAAAUGCCUUGCUAAUGCGCACCUUUUUAAAAGAACAAAUCAUUUCGGUUGUAUCCUGUCGCUCCGCUAACGGCAGAACUCUCCCCUGGUGCAGGAUCUGUAUCACAGAGCCGAGCUGCCGUGAGCGCAGCAGAUCAGCAAGGGUUUGCAGCCCUUUACCCUCAGUUAAUUUUUUCAGUUCAUAAAAGGCUGCAUCUUUCUGUAUCCGGUGGGCGCCCGCCCUGCUUUUUUUCUCCCGAUCGGCUGGGUUGGCUGCUGUUCUGAGUAAAACGUUUUGAAUUCCAAUUUUAUCAAUAAAGCUUGAUUUAACCAACGAAAGAUUUAACUAUGUAUGUGUAAUUCCUUCCCCCCCCCCCGCCUCCCUUCUGAAAUAGUUGUAAAUGAGAUGUCAUAUUGUGGAUAAUUAUUUUUUAUUGAAUCGUUGCCCAUUUCUGAAAUGGGAAGAACUCUCAACUGUUGCCCUAGGCGCAGGUGAACUCUUUCCCCCUUCCUCCCCCACCAGUUAGUAGGUAGUAUGGCUUGAGAAAAUGGAAUAAUCUUAUUGACAUGAGGGGGUUUUUUUUCCUGAUUUUUUAAUUUCGAGAUAAUCUCCUGGAGUUUAUAUUAAUGAAAAUUCAUUUGUCAGAACCUGACCGUUUUGCCCUUUUACAGUAUGUUUUAUAUUUCCCCUUUUGACUUAGAACAAAAAAAAUCCCCUCGCCUAGUGAUUUAACAAUAUGUGUCAUUUGAAAUGCAGCAUGUUCAGAGUAUUUAAGUGUUCAGAUUUAAUUGACGUUUAAACCCCCCCCCUCCCCCGUGAAAUAAUACAAGUAAUUUUGACUUUUCUUCUACAGAACAUACGAAAGUAACUUUUCGGAUUGGUCCGACGAUUGCAGGAUUACUAUUUCAUACACCUUGUAUUGUGUCUUUUUUUUUUUUAAAGUUGAAGAUAUUGUAUGAUAUGUAGCUUUCUCGACGUUCAGUCAGCGGAUGGCCCCCCCCCCGAUGAAAAAAGGAAAAUCAACACAGUAUGAAUAAGUUGUAGCAAUGUAGCUAGAAAAUUUUGUAAAAAGGUGUAAAAUGUACCUUUUUAUAGGAAGCGAUGUAUAAUGCAUUUUUUUCUAUAUUUGUCUUUCCCUCUUAACUUUGAAAUAUACAUUGGUGUGUAUAUAUAGCCUUAAAACUCAUUGCAGAAUUAGGGAUUGCUGAACAGUGAAACAGUAACCUAAGAAAUUUGCUCAAUUUAAGGGUAGCGUUAUACCAGCAAACACAUUAUUUUAUUCCUCGUUUGAGUAGGGUGCUUGACCCAAUGAUCAUUGUAUUCGGUUUGUAACCCACCCACCCCCCACCCCCGUUCAGAACAUAAAUGUAAAAGUACUGUUUGUAAAGCAUUAUCAAUUUGGGGGUUAAGCAACCAAUCCCUCACUGGAUCUGCGAAUAAAUUCUUGAAACAAACCAUUUCACUGAGUUCAAACUAGAGAGCUGUCAAUCAUAGCUUCACGAGCAAUGAAUUAAGACGUACAUUUGAAACGCUCCGUAGGAAAUGCUAUAUGGGAAGGCUGAACCGGCUUUUAGCACUGGAAAGAAAACUUAAUUUUUUUUCCUAUCUGAAAGUAGUAGGUGGUAGUUCUAAAAACUGCAAAACGGGGUGGAAAACUUAAGUUUUGGAAUCUUAAAAAAAAAAUUGUAGAAGAAAGCCAUAUGUUAAACAAUAAUUGUAAGUGUCAUAAUGACAUAGCACGUACUUUAAACUUGCUACAGGUGCACCCUUAAAUAUAUAUACAUGUAUAGUUACUAUUACUACUAUAUAUAUAUAUAUAUAUAUAUAUAUAUAUAUAUAUCAGAGGUGGCCAACGGUAGCUCUCCAGAUGUUGUUUGCCUACAACUCCUAUCAGCCCAGCCAUUGGCCAUGCUGGCUGGGGCUGAUGGGAGUUGUAGGCAAAAAAACAUCUGGAGAGCUACCGUUGCCCCCCCCCUGAAAUAUAUAAUGUGUAUAUAUAUACUCAGGGCCCACUUUGUAGCAGGAGCUCCUUUGCAUAUUAGGCCACACACCCCUGAUGUAGCCAAUCCUCCAAGAGCUUACAAGGCUGUUCUUACGGCCUACUGUAUGCUCUUGGAGGUUUGGCUGCAUCGGGGGGGAGGGGGGGGUUAGGCCUAAUGUGCAAAGGAGCUGCUACAAAGUGAACCCUCUGUAUUCUAUAUACACACACACACACUACUAGUGCUGUUAAAGGGUUGUGAGCUACAAGAAGGCUCAGCAUUUGUAGAUUUCCCUUACCUUACCUUGGGCACUUUAAAGUGGUCAAUGCACUGUGGUCAGUUACGCCUGCUUCUUAACACUGCUAUUUUAUGUAUACCAAAAUGAGAUUAAAUCCAUGUAUUCAGUGCAUCACAUAUUCUAGCAAGGGAGGGGGGGUCUCACCCUCGUUCAUAAGUGCAAAAAAAAGGGGGGGGGAAGCACUUUUUCUUUUUUUGCAACUUUAGAAAAAAUGCUAAAAACGUUGGAACACCUCAGGGGCAAACGCAGCAAAGCUUUGGAGAAUUGUGUGCUAUUUAUUUCUUGAACUGGAGGGGGAGGCGCGGUUUCCUGUGUGCUGAUGAAAUAAAGUAAUACGAUGGUCCCACA